CGCAUGUGCGAGGGGUGAAAACACAUCGAGCUCCCGUAUGAGAAAUAUCACUGGCCAUGAGCAGUGGAUUCUCGUACCUGUAAUAAUCCGUAUUUUAAUCCGUAAUCGCGUAUAUCUGUUGUGAGGAAAAUGAGUCCCGGGCUAGGUCACGAUCCUUUACCGUCGUACAACAACACAGCUUUUAUCGGGAACCCUGCGCUCUGCUUGUGGCAACAGCCCCAACACAUUUUGUUCCAGCUGGCGAAUUUUUGCUUCGCACUGUCGUACUCGGCGCCGUCCUCGAGAAAGGGGAUCUUAUUCAUGCACUCGGUGCUAAUCAUAGGCUUUAUGUUACUAUCAGGAUGGGCUUGGCACGUAAUCUGCGCACCAGAUAUCUUCACCUGGAACUUCUGUUUUUUAUUGCUCAAUAUCUGCCAAUUAGUAUAUAUCGUUUAUCAAAUGAGACCCAUCAGAUUUGAUCCCGAAUUGGAAGAAGUUUAUCACACGCUUUUUUAUCCCUUCAAAGUCUCACGGAUACAAUUCAAGCGAUUAGUAUCCCCAGAAUUCGCGACGAUAAUGUCCCUUCAUGCUGGCGAGGCGUACGCGAUGCAGAAUCUAACAAGAACGGACAGACUGGGCUUGCUGCUCACUGGGAAAGUCAACGUUUUGAGUGAUACCAAUUUUUUGCAUCCGAUACUCCCCUGUGAGUUUCUGGAUUCACCGGAAUUCGAGAGCUCUCGAGCUUCCAUUGACGAAAAAUUUAAGGUGUCCAUCGUAGCAGCGAGUUCCUGCAGGUAUUUGUAUUGGCAGCGAACAGCCUUGGAGUAUCUACUUGUAAAGGAAACUUAUCUUGCAACCGUCUUAACUACGCUGGUGGCACGAGAUAUCGCAACAAAGCUGUAUGCAAUGAAUAAUAAGAUAAUUACGGACAAAGGAUCACACUUGGACAUUCGUCUUCCUACUAUUAGCGCCGGUUUAGGGAUCAGCGGUGAGUAUAGAAGCCUUCGAGCUUAUAAACAGGCGCUGAUCCGCAAGAAUGAAACCAAAUCGACGGCUAACAAUGUGAGCAGCGCGAAAUCCAAGGAACGCGCGGCAAACAACUUGAUGAAGAAGAGCGCGCCGAGCAUGGAGCUGGAGCCCCUCCCGGAGCUGCCGUCCUGCGAUGAUCUGGCUUCCAGCGGCGUCGAGAGCUGGCUAGACUCCUCCAGCAAGUACCACAGCUGCGAAAUUGUUGACGAGGAAUAGCAUUACGCCAACUACUCGAAUUACGAGAUUGCGUUGGAAGACACCGACGACGCCGACGAACACGAUAUACAGGCCUUUGAUUUCAAAAACGCGGAGUGUUGGCCGUCACCCGACGAAGAUUAGCAAUAAAAGAAAAAUAGCGCACAUCCUUUUACUUCCGUUUAAAUGCGUUUAUACUCCUGGAUUUUAAUUUUCGCCAGAACGGAGUUACAAAUCUUUUUAGUGUUAUUUCGUAAUUAACUAUCUCUUGAAUUUUGUUAGAGAAAACUAGUUAAAAAUUAAAGGAUUAUAUAUAUGUAUAUAUUCCCUACUGAUCGUAAUAUUGUAUAUAUACUCUGUAGGUUUGUUGUCUAGCAACGAAAUUCGCAACGAAGGCACCUUUCGAGAAAAGAUAGAUGUAAAUUUUAUGUACAUAUCUGUAAAUAUCAAACUGAUAGACAACGCUAUUGACGAAUAGUUUAGUCUGCGACAAAAACAAUUAUACUUACGAAAGUAUUCUAAAUAAUUUUCAGAAACAACAAAUGUUAAAUAAAUCCAAUGUUUAUAAGUAAACAUAUUAUAUAAACGCGCCUAUAAUGUCUUUGUAAAUAUCGAGAUCGAUCAAAAGGAUCGAGCUUAGCAAAACUAGAAUUUCUUACCAAAAAAA